GACACAUAAUUUGCAGUGUCGUCUUUUACGUAAUUAUCGAGACACAUUAUCCAUUCGGGUUCGAGUAAUUGUACUAUAUAAAGCGAUUGCAUAAGCGUUGUCCAGUCUCCUGAAAGCGGUGUUAUUAUCAAUGUUGGGAAUUUUGUCUACCACCAUGAUCAACGAAACAGCUGCGAUAUAUCCAACAUUAAAAGAAGAUAUACAGGAAAAUUAUUCUAGAAAAAUACAUAUUGGAAUACUCUUUUCUUUAUCGGCGCUAGCCGCCACGGGAAAUAUGGCGGUCAUUGGCAAAUUAAGCUACAAUCGACUUCGUCAGCAUUUUCUGACCAACAUAGACUUCUUGAUUCUCAAUCUGGCCAUUGCUGAUUUGCUUGUGGCGGUGUUUUGUUUAUUUACGGAUGCUGUAUGGAAAUGCACAUAUGAGUGGUUAGCCGGAGAUUUGCUGUGUAAAGUGAUUAAAUUUAUGCAAAUGUUCGCAUUAUACGCCAGUACGUUUUCCACCGCCAUUGUCGCCGUUGACCGGUGUAUUGCUAUACGGCUGCCCAUAAAAAGGAUAAAUCAUCGUCGAAUAAUGCGAUCGUUUAUUCUAGGAUCAUGGACUUGUGCUACACUGUUGAGCUUUCCGCAGGUUCUGAUUUUUCGCGUGUUACGAUCGCCAGGUAGAACCGAAGACGAACGCUUUGACCAGUGUGUGACAUACGGAGCCUAUACGGAGUCAUGGCAAGAGCCGGCAUAUAUAUUUUUCACUUUUUCUGUCAUGUUUAUCCUGCCCUUUCUGAUUAUCAUUGCCAGUUACAUUUUGAUUGUUUCUGCAUUAAGACAACAGUCAACAACAGAUUCAGCAACAGGACUGCGUGUUAGCGAUAAUUACUCAGGAACUGGAUUAGUGCGCAGAACCACGUCAGACAACAGCUCAGCUGAUGAAAAACGGGGGGCUUUUCUUCGGAAAGCCAAAAGGAAAUCUCUCUAUGUGUCCAUCCUGGUGAUAAUGACCUUUCUGCUGUGCUGGGUGCCUUAUUAUUGUUCAGUUAUUUAUUACGUUGUGGUUCAUCAGCAAACGGAAACAACACCGAAAGAUCAUGAAAUUUUUCAGUAUAUUUUCUGCUUUGGUAUGUCAAGCGCAGUAUUAAAUCCUUUGGUAUAUGGAGCUUUUCACAUGUCUCAGCGGCGUGGGAAUUUUGAUUGGAAAAUCAGCAGUAGCCGUGCAAGCUAUAUCCAACACUGCCAGAAUUCCCCCUGCGUUCCUUUCAGGGAACAUGGAGGGUCGUUUUCAGUCAGCCCCGCAAAAACGUUCCAUCACCGCAAUUCUUUGCCGACGAUGCACUGUGUUUCGAAAAAUGCCGAUUUGUUUCAGUUUUCUCACGUUCAUCUCCAUUGACAAUACUACUUAGAAUGCGUACAUCUUUUCCUGU